CCGAGCUUCACCCUCUGAGACAAGACAGUGACAGUCAGCUGUCUCCAGAACACAAGAAGCUAAAAGCUCAGCAUCAGGAGAGUAAAUGACCUGGCCAAGGACACGGAGCAAAUUCACCAUCCCAGCAGCAAACUCACCACCCCAGCAUUGUCCCUGCUGCCCUGCUCGGGGCAGGUCUCUCACAGCGCUGCUCUGCCCUUGUGAAUACUUGCUGUGCCCUUUCAAUGAGCACAGGAGAAAAGCUCCUUCACCAGGAGCCGGAAGGAAACUGGGCAGCAUAAAGAAAAGUUACUUGCUUUAACAACAUCGCCUCAAACUAUCGAAAAAAAAGCCGUCAUUCAAAGGUAAGGAAGAAACUCCUCUCUCGGAGGAGAUGCACAGAGGAAGCCAGCAACAAGUGCCGGCCCUCGGGCGGCCCGGGGAGCUGGCAGCGGCUCCGGCUCAGCCUGCCGUGGCUCCUCUCCCUCCCUCUUUGGCACACAUGUAACACGAAACUUCGCAUCUCCACGACAACCAGCAACAAAAAAAAAAAAAAAAAAAAAAAAAAAAAAAAAAAAAAAAAGAAAGGCAGAGACAACAGCUGGCUGUCAGCAGCGGAGCAGAGAGGAGCCGAACGAGCAGCGAGCCGCAAGGAGCCAGAAUGAGGGGAGAGAUGACGUGAAAGUUUAAGAAGACGGAAAGAACAAGAGGAGAAGCAGAGCUCGCGGUCGGGAAGCAGAAAUCCCAAAGCAGAGAGCCCUUGGAAACAGCAGAAAGUGCAGUCAAUCAGAAAAACAUUUGCUUCCUCACAGAGCCAAGAAGAGAAAACACAAAUCAUUUCACCUCUGCCUCUUCCACCGUCUCUUAGAAUGGAAACAAAAUUGAAAACCUGUUGACACAGAUUCCUGCAGCACUAAGGAUAAAACAGCCGUUUCUGGAGAAGCUCACUUGGGCAUAAAGCCUGGAGAGGUUGUGACAGAAUGUCUUCUGAAGGUUUUCUGAAGGAAGUUCAAGCCAUUGGUGAGAAGUUUCUCCUUAAGCUCCAGAAACUGCCCAAGGCUGAGCCAGUGGAGAUUGUCAGCUUCUGUGUGGUUCUUCUGUUUAUUGUUACUGUGCUGGUGCUCACGAUCAUUGCCUGCAGUUGCUGCUGCUACAGCUGCUGUGGCUGUGAUGGACGCCCUGAUCCCAGACACAGGAAGAGCCAAGUCCGCCCAGCUGCCCAUUCAUGAAGUGACACAACCUGCUAUCGAGGACAUGCCUGGACAUCAUGAUUCAGUGCUAUGGGAAUGACUUUCCACACUAGCCCACUGAAAAUGGCAAUAACAAUAUUAAUUAACAUGACUCAAAGGACCAGAAAUCACAGCGUGGAAUUCCUUCUCUCUGUAACAGCCACUACUGUGACCAGAAAGGUAAAGCUCCUUUACCAUCACUGUGUCCCUCUUCUGGGCUGGGAUGGGGGGAUAGGGCAUGGACACAGAUUGCUGAGAAAAGAGAGAGCUUUUCCAAAGAUAGCCCUGCAGCUGGACCAGCUGAGGAUUCCCCCUGGGACACAGAGCCACAGAGCAAAGCAGAGGCCACACACACAGCCACACACGAGGCACUGCCUGCUCUCCUCACCAGAAGGAUGGUACCGAGUGUUAGCAAAACCCACUGACACCACUGGGAGGUCCAAUUGCUCAGGUCAUCGUGGAUCAAGGCCAAACCUGCUGCAGGAGACACACUUAGCUGAGAUAUCAGCUGAAAACAAAUGGUGGACCCUCUCAUCCAGAUGUGCCAGCUGAGGCUCUGAGUACAGCUGGUAACAGCUGCCCCUGGUGUCAUUUCAUUGGUGAUAUGAUGAUGGGAAAUUGCCAAAGAAGAAAACAAACCAUGUGGAAUACUCUUUGUAAAUAGAAACAUGAAGGCAAAAGGGAAAAAACUCACCAAUCCUAUGGUUUAUUUUGAUCAUUCUCUGCUCAACAUGCUCCCUCUCCACCCCCUGUGGUUCCACUCUUCUGCUUAUUGCAGAUGAAUGGUUCUUGCAGAACAUGGGAACUCUAGGAGAUGAACAAAUCCCAAUCCUUACUUGAGGGAUCUGUGUGCCUGACUCCCUGCACUGUGUGCAGUUUAUUUCAGUAGACAUGAACAUGAUGCCAGGGGUGUGUUUAUGAGCAAGCAUAGAGGCAUUUCGGAGGAGUGACAUGUGAUGGGAACCAUCACUUCAGGGUAUGUGUGCAGCAGCUGACAGUGGGCACUGUGACAGAGCAGAGCCAAGAAUGGGCUGUUGGGCUGGAGUUAACAAGUGCAAAUAAAUCCCUUUUCCAUGCUGCAGCCACUGUGUAUGUUUGGUUUACACUCUGGUGAACUUCCGAAAGGGAUUUACGGACAUACAAGGCUGUGGCACAGCACAAGAAGGCCACAAUUCUGCACUAAACUCUGAACCACUGGUGUUUCAGCCCCAAAUGGGAGACCAACCACCUUUUUUGAAGGUAUAAACAAUUACAUGCAUGUAGAGACGUCAUCUUUUGCCUCUGUAUCCCAUCUAAGCAUACGUAACAAAGUCAACAUUGAGCUAUGGAGAACAGAAUCAUCAAGGAUUUAGCAAUGGGUUUUAAAAUACUCUUUACACUUCAGGAGGUACAGAAAAUAAAGAAAACUCUGUAAAGAUAUGUAUUUUCUCUGUUGCCUGCACCCAUAUUAGUAAAAGGCACAUUACAUCAGCUUCUUAUGUAUUUAAUGCACUUUAUUUUUUGCCAACAAACUGGAUCUAGGUAUUUGGUAUUUUUGUACUGCUGCACGUUGGAAUAUAUCUGCAGCCAGAGGCACAGUGAAUAGUCUAAGAAUUAUAAGAAAAAUAAAAUUCCUGAAAUUACCAGUGUUACUUUUAAAUUAAUAAAAAGCAAAACUUUCC